GGUCGAUUUGCAACGAGUGUUGAAAUACUGGAAGAAUCGAUAACAAAUCCUGGAAUGGAAGUCAGUCACAAAUAUCUUAUUUACCUUCAUAAUAAUCAAUCGGCGCAAAUUUUUACGACGUCCAGAAAAUAUCUCUGGUGUUUCAGUUACAGAUGAUCAAUGUUGGAAGGAUGGUAUUGCCGGUCCAUCGCAAACAACAACGCAGAUGCAGAGGAUGAUGACGAAGACAGUCCAGAGGAAGAGGCUCCAAACUACAAGGCACAAUACAGAAGCCUGAAACGUAAACUGAAGUUUCUCAUUUAUGAAAAUGAAUGUUUUCAAGAAGCUCUGAGAUCGACGCAACGGAAAUUGCUAAAAGUCAACAGAGACAAAAGUUUUCUACUCGAUCGAUUACUACAAUAUGAAAAAGUUGAUGCUUCAUUCAGUGAAAGUGAUGAAACUGAAUCAUCCGAUGACGAAGCUUCUAGACUUGAUACUUCCAAAAGAAAAAAAAUUGAGGCAAACGUUAACAACCAUUCAGUUCAUCACCAAUCAGCACCCAUGAAACCUCUCAGUACUAGUAAAAAGAAAAAACCUGUUCCCAAACCACCCAAGGCACAGAAUACACCUGCAGUGCAUUCAUCCAAUAAUAUGCUACCUAUAUCUUUGAUGUCCGACGGUCAUAUGACACCGGAAGAAGUAGAACGGCAUUUAGAAUCACGCCAGACAUACCUCGAACUUGUUCCAGAGAAGGCGCCACCCACAGUACCCACAGAAAUGUUCAGCAAUGAUCCUUCAUUGGACAGUGAGUCCAACGAAGUCGGAGAACUGGAAACAUCGCCAAGCAAUAUGGGUGAAGAUUGCCUCAGUGUGGACAUGACAGCUGAGUGAUCUACACUCACUUACAGUUUACUAAUAAAUUAUAAAUUGCACAUUCAAUUCAUACAAUUAUCUUCAUUUUAUUCAAAUAAUUUAAUUGUAUUCAUUAUAAUAUAAAUGAAAUGAAUUUUUUUACAUAAGAUAACAGAACUUGUUAUUCAUACUCAUUGAACGAUUUUCUCACAUCUUUCAAUAAUUUCUUUCGGAUAAUUUAGUCCAACAGCCCUAGAGAAGUAUCAAAGCACGUAAAGAAACGACUCUGUGCCCAAUAAAAUGUUAAACAAAUUUUACGAUGAUAAAUGAAUUAAUCAGGC